GCGUCGUCGGUGGGUCUUCAUUCUAUACCAUGUUCCUAUUGAAUACCUACUCAACGUAUAGUCGUUGUCUUCGUCGUCGUUGUCCUCGUCUACAUUGUAAGUCGGUUGGUGUUAGCCAGAAUAAAACGACAUAGGUACAACAAAAAAAAAACACAAAAUUCUCUUCUUCUUCUUCCAAUGGCUUACUGUUCUACCAACCUCCAUUGUCCAUGUCCAGUCCAACAAAAAUAACACUCGACAAAAAAAAAGAAGAAACAACACAAGUCAUAGAUAAGCAUCCGGCGAAAUCAGGCUUACAAAAUCUCGCUCAUAUGGCACCUUCUUUUAUACACACUGUGCCCACGAGUAUAUCCUUCUUCGGAGAUACCUACGACUAGGAUACUCAUCAUCAUCAUCCUCCUCAUCGCCAGGAUCAAAAGUGUUAUACAAAAAAAACAACAAUUUUUUGUUUUUUCGACCCUGCGUAGAUGAAAUCCUGCGCACCACAAUCCCUGCAGAGCCGAGACUGAGAGAUGACACCGACACUAACACACUCAAAAAAUAUACAUAUAAGCAACUCUGGAAAAAGGAGCCUAGCUAUGGCCACCAGGUCCCUGAAAAAAACAGUUUCACUCUCUCAUUCGAUGGGUGAACAAAUUAUUUAGUGGCUAGCAGCAGCAGAAGCAGCAGCAAGCGAUUAAAACUAAAAAACAAGAAGAAAAAAAAACAUCCUGAAUUAUUCCCAAAUUUUCGAAAAUUUAGUGCGGGAGUGUUGAAAUUCAAUAUCGAACAACCGAAAAUCGAAAACCGGGAAAGAAAAUCCUUUUUCUAGAGUUUUUUCUGACAUAUCCGUUUUUGAGUUUGAGUUCGAGUUCGUUUCUGUUUUUUUCUGCUUUUGGUAGCAUAAACUUGGCAUUCAAUUGAUUUUUGUCGGUUGAGGUCAAAAGUAAUUUUUUUCCUCAUAUAUUCUCGUGGUGUGCGCUCGGGGCAGACACCAAAAAGUUGUGCCAGUGACAAAGAAAAAUCUUCUUUUCAACAACAUCAUCAUCAUCAUUAUUAUCAUCAUCGUCGUCUUCAUUGUCGUUGUCGUCGUUUUCGCAUUAUCGUCGUCUUCGUCUAUAGAUCCUUACAAGUGACUACGAAAAUCCUUUGAAAUAAAUUUAUUCCAAAACCAAUAAAACAUAAAACAAGUUAAUUAAAACAAAACAAAAAAAUAAAUAAAUUAUAUAAAAUAAAAUGGCAUGGGGAUAUUGGAGUGCAACCACAGUUGACCGUGGAAGAUCGCCACGGCGUAAUACACAAUGUACACCGUUGCCGGUGAAUGUAGUGCCCCAGGAGGAGGCCCAACCACAGCCUGCUGCAACGGUAUGUUAUAGUCCUACAUGUCGGUCGCGCUGCAGUAGUCCGUGUGGUGGCAGUCCAUGUCCUGGGAGUCCUUGUGGUUCGAUGAGUCCACCACCACCGCCGCCGCCGCAACAUUUGAAUAAAAAUUGCCCGCAAGCUGCAGCAAUCGCAGCAUCCCAGCAGAUAUUGACUUUGGAUGAUUAUCCAUCCCGAAGACAGUCUCUGGAUCGAUUGGAUAGUCCGCAGUCCAAAUAUUUCGGCCUGCAGGCAAAUCAGCUUUCAGAUAUUUUAUGUCGAGGCGCCACUGUUUCAUCCAUACAAUCGGCAAACAACACACUAACCCGUGGUGUAUCGUUACGUAGCGGUGGUGGCGCUGGAGUAGGAGGUGGAGUUGGAGUUGGUUCAGGAGGAGUCGGCAUCGGAGUUGGAGUGGGAGGAGGUGGCGGAAGCGGUUCCGUUGGAUGUCUACAGGGCAGUGGAAGUGUAGGAAUGCUGCCCGGGGCAAUCGAUACCGGUGACUAUGAUGUGCCACAUCCACAUCCCUAUACACAUCACUAUAUGCAAACGUCAUCUAUAACUCCUCCGCACUCGGCCAUGAGUUUGAUUGGUUCACGCCCGGGCUCGGCUGGCCCGUGUCCCGGUCAUGAUUCUGGAUCGGAUUCCAGUGCUGGUGGUGGUUCUGUAAUGGGUGGCAAUAUUUCGGCACAAAUUGGUGGCGGCAGUGGUAGUUUAGGACGCUGUUCGAGCCGUUGCAAUGCCGACGAUUCGGGUGGCGGCAGUGGAGGGGGUGCCGGCAGCACCUGCAGUGGCCAUAAUGGCGGACGCAGCAGUGUCCUCGGAACCAUACACAAUGGGCAUCAUCAGUAUCACCAUGAGUGCAUCCAUUACGAGAGAUUACCAAUUCCGGUGCCUAUACCAACGGUUCCAGUGUCGCAGAUGCAUUCCGAGGAAGAAAUCGAACCGGCUUAUGCAACAGUUUUUCCAAAUGUUCCAUCAGCGCCAGGAAUGUCAUGCGUUGGUGAAGAUCGAAGCAUCUACAGACGAGGAGCUAGAAGAUGGCGUAAAUUAUAUCGCAUUAAUGGACAUAUUUUCCAAGCCAAACGCUUCAAUAGACGCGCAUUCUGUGCCUAUUGCCAAGAUCGCAUCUGGGGUCUAGGUCGUCAGGGCUUUAAGUGCAUACAAUGUAAGUUGCUUGUUCACAAGAAAUGUCACAAAUUAGUACAGAAACACUGUACCAACGAGCACGUUGAGCCAUUGGUCAAAGAACGCGAUGACUUAAAUGCCGAUGCUGGUCUACCUGAGGUAUUACCACCAAUACCCGAUUAUCCGCCAGCCGUAUUACCCGAUCCGUGUGACUCAGUGGCCGUAGAAGCCGUCCAAAAUAUCGAGGAACAACUUGAGCCGGGCACCCAGAGGCAAUACUCACUCAAUGAUUUCGAAUUGAUUCGAGUUAUUGGGCGUGGCAGCUACGCUAAAGUGCUAAUGGUUGAGCUAAAAAAGACACGACGUAUUUACGCAAUGAAAGUUAUCAAAAAAGCUUUGGUCACCGAUGACGAAGACAUCGAUUGGGUGCAAACAGAAAAGCAUGUCUUUGAGACAGCAUCGAAUCAUCCAUUUUUAGUUGGUCUGCAUUCAUGUUUCCAGACUCCGUCACGUUUGUUCUUUGUUAUUGAGUUUGUUCGUGGUGGAGAUUUGAUGUUCCACAUGCAACGGCAACGAAGAUUGCCCGAGGAACAUGCUAGAUUCUAUGCGGCUGAAAUAAGUUUGGCCUUGAAUUUCCUCCAUGAGAAGGGAAUUAUCUAUCGUGAUUUGAAGCUUGAUAAUGUGUUGCUCGAUCAUGAGGGCCACAUUAAGCUAACUGACUAUGGCAUGUGCAAAGAAGGCAUACGGCCUGGUGACACAACAUCCACAUUCUGUGGAACGCCAAACUACAUCGCUCCGGAGAUACUGAGAGGCGAGGAUUAUGGAUUCUCUGUCGAUUGGUGGGCGUUGGGAGUUUUGCUCUAUGAGAUGCUAGCUGGACGUAGUCCGUUUGACAUUGCUGGCGCUUCUGAGAAUCCCGAUCAAAACACAGAAGACUACCUAUUUCAAGUUAUAUUGGAAAAAACCAUUCGUAUACCACGUUCGUUGAGUGUAAAGGCCGCAUCGGUCCUUAAAGGUUUCCUCAAUAAAAAUCCAGCCGAUCGUCUUGGCUGCCAUCGUGAAUCGGCCUUCAUGGAUAUUGUCAAUCAUCCAUUCUUUAAGAGUAUUGACUGGGAAAUGAUUGCACAAAAGGAAGUUCAACCGCCUUUCAUACCGACAUUUGAUCCUGGCGAUCCGGACAUGUCAACGAAUUUUGACCCUCAAUUUACCAGAGAACCGGCUGAAUUGACGCCAGAGGAUCCUCGUGUUAUUGAGAAAAUCGAUCAAACUGAAUUCGAAGGAUUUGAAUAUGUGAAUCCAUUAUUAAUGUCCCUAGAAGAUUGCGUUUGACAUCACGCAUCGUGUGAGCUACAUCCAUAUAAUUUACGGUAAUUUCUUUUUCUUCUUUUUAUAAUUUGUCAUUUUCGUCAUCUGAAUUAGUUAUACGGAGAGGACUCCAGUGACUAUGAUUCCGUUGCUGAUGAUCUAAGUAUUCUUCAAUUACCUCCUCCAACCUCUAAUAAUAAUAAUAAUAUUAAUAGUCAUACAAAUAAUAGUAAUAAUAAUAAUAAAAGUCUACUUCAGCACAUGUUUUGCCUUCCAUUAAAUUAAGUGAGAAUAAAAAAAUAAAAACAAAACAAAAAAAACAAGAUAGAAUGAAACAUAAAUUGUGAAACACAAAAAAUGCAAUUAUCUUAUAUAUUUACAUAACAAAAUUAAUUAUAUAUAUUUAUUGAAUGACGAAAUAAAAAUCAACAACCAAAAAAGAAAAAACAACACUAUAGAAAUGCCUAGAGGGUAGAAUUUUUUCUUUUGUUUUAAACAAUUGAUAGAUCAAACAAAUUGCAUUACCUAUCUAAACACAAACUACCUAUUCUAAUUAAUUAUUAAAUUUAAACAAAAAAAACAACAGUAAUGUUCAAGGAAUUUCACUUAAAAAAAUAAAUAAUAAAUAAAUUCAACUCAAAACUAUGAUAACAUCAACAGAAAAAAAAAUAAAACAAAAUAAUGUUUCGUAGUAAAAUUAAUAAUAAUAAUUAUUGAACAAAAAAAAACAAAAAAUACCUAUUAUAUAUUAUUAAAUUAAAUCAAAACAAAAUUUAUGACAAAAAGUAAACAAUGUUAUAAGCAAUGUUGUGUAAAUAAUAAGUUUAUUCUUUUCGCAACACACAAAAACAUUUUAAACAAAAUUCUGGUUUUAAAGACUAUUAACGAAUAAAGUGUGUUUUUGAAAAAAAGGAAAACUAAACGAAACAUUUAAGAAUUCGAGAAUCAAAUGUUUAAAGAAAAGAAUAAGUAAAAAAGUGAUGCAGAAAAUAUUUAAUUAAAACAAAAGAAGAAAAACAAUGAAUGAAUUGACAGACAGCAGAAAAAAAGAACAAAAUAAACUUAAAAAGUAUUCUAUGUGUUUCGUAAUGUGAUUGCUUUAUAAACUUUUUAUUAUUAUUGUUAUUAUUAUUUGACUUUACUGAAAUCACAUAUUAUAUUAUAUUUUGUUUUUUCUUUUUUUUUUAAUUUUUUUUAAUAAUUAUGAAAAAUAGUAUUCUCUAUAAUAAGAGGCAAUGCAACUUAAUUAAGUUUAUUAAAGUUAUAAUAAUAAUUUAAACAAAAAAAAUAAUAAAAACUGAUUUUAAUUUUUAUUUCUCUACGGGUUUAAUAAUGAGAACAUCAAUGAAAGAGCAAUCUGAUUGAGGUUCGUAACGAUGGGAUUGAAACACAUUUUUUGUUUUAUCACAUUUUGGGUUUUUUGUAUCAUACAAUAAAAUAUUGGGUUUCAUCUGGAGAAUAAUUAUAAAUACAUAAUGUUUACUUUUAUGCAUUGGUACGCUAGGUUUGAGGCAUUCCUGGUAUUCCUUAGAAAUGUAUGGUGUAGUUCCGGGAAGGAAAUGAACAAACUUAACUCAGGAAAAGAAUAAGUGAACAUCACAAUGAGAUGAGUAAUUGGAGCAAGGCAGCACUGUAGAGAAUCCGCAUUUUAAUGUAUGUACGAAAAUUACUUACUUACUUAGGUCCUCAGACGCCUACGCGCCACCGUGUACGAUUUCCGGAUAUGUGUUUUAGCUCCCUGCAACUUUUGUCUAGUUUUCUCGGUCGUUCAGCUCUUCUUCCUUCUGUGGGAGCGGAUUCUACUGCAUUACUUGGCCUGCAAUGCAGUCGUUACCUUUUCGAAGCGUAUGUCCAGUCCCUUGCCACUUACGCCUUCGUAUUAUAGAGUCUAUAGGUUCCUGGCCUGUUCUUCUCUAAAGGACCUCAUUUGUCCGAAUAUUAACUCAAGCAUAAGCAGUAGGUACCGGUAAAAAAAGAGAAACAAUAACAAGGAGUUUUUAUUUCCGCUAAAUAUUAGCAUAAUGAUUUUAUCAUAUAAAUGGAGAUAAUCAGUUGCCACCAGUAAAAUUUUAAAUGAAAAUCUUUCCCUUCUGCUAAACAUUGGAAUCGGAAGUGGUGAUAAACGGAUUUCUAAAAUAAUCAGUUAACUGAUCUUUGAGCUCUGGGAAUUUGGCUAACAUUGCAAUAGAUUUAUUUCGUGACGGAUUCACGAAAAGACAAUUGCUCAUAUUUUUUUGAAUCGGACAAAAGACAGACAUUUUCCUUUCUAAGUAAAUUUUGAGGGGUUAAGACUGUUUAUUUGUUUCUUUUUAAAACAACGAAUGUUUAAAAGCUUUAUUAAAAAAAUUGCGAGUUUAUCUUUAUGAAUGGUUUUAAAAAAAAAAUAUUUUAGCCAGCGUAACUUAAAUCUUGGCAUAAAACUGAAGACAAUCUUUCAAAUUUUGUGGCAGUUGUUUUUCUUAGGAUGAGAGCUACAUUUUUGUUGCUUGUUAUAAACUCGAAUAGAGGUUUAUACCAAUAAGUUUUUCUAUAUAGAAACUAUAGCAAUAUUGGUUUCCUAAGAAGUCUUGGGGUUUUCUUCGGAUGUGGAACUGCAACGACAAAUUACAAUAAGCUCAUUAAAUUUCGAAUUUUGUCAAUGGGAAAUAAAAAACCGCAUAUUAUUUUAUUCUUCGAAAAGCCAAUACUGUACAGUUAAAGCGAGAUAUGCACUCCUAGCCAUUGCCCAUGAGUAGCACUCGCAUCAAUGAAAUUAAUAUCGAUAUUCUCGUUAUGUGCAUCAUCAACCUCUUGUUAUAACCUUGAUAACGAACCAUUCUAAGACGUUCUCAUCUUGCCUUGGUAAGGUCUAAGCUGCAGUACAAUACUACAUGAGAUUAGGAUGAUUUUAGUUGCUCUAGAGAACUUUAACAAUCUGAAUUUAUAGCGGUGCCUAGGUAGACGAAGUCCUUAACUUCCUCAAAGUUAUAGCUGUCCAUUUUGACGUGCUAUCGUUCAAUGUCCUUUCUUGAUGACAGUAUGUACUUGGUCUUGCUCUGAUUAACUGCAAAACCCAUAUACUUCGCUUUUGUAGCAAUACUCAAAAACUCACCACUAAUAUCACGCUUUGAUGUUCCAAUUAGGUCAAUAUCAUCGGUUUUUCCGAGUAAUUUUACAGACCUUUAAAAGACUAUGCCUCUAAUGUUGACGAUUGAGUUUUUCAUAAUUCUUUCCAGAACGAUGUUAAGUCGCAUAACGGCGAUCGUCUUGUCUAAAACCUUUUUUGACAUCAAAAGAACCUUAACAGAACCUAUAAAGUCUAAAACUUGAGAAUAAAUCCCAUUCAAAUUACUUAAGCUUCUUGACAGUAUUCAAAAAAAUAGUUUUUAAAAUGGUUGGUGAAAUCAUUCAUCAUUCAAUCAAAACACCCGAUAAUCUACGUUAAAUUUUGUGGGUCAACCUUUUUUUACCAUUAUUUAAACGGACUAUGAUCUAGUAAAAUACCCUUUAAACCCUUUAUCCAUAAUGCUCACGCUUCUAGAAUCCCCAUUAAUUUACCAUUGAACCCAACUUCAGUCGUACUGUGGAGCACAGAGAUUCGUUCUUUAGCAGUACUAUAAGAAUGUGAAUGACUUACCACGCUUCGUCUUCCUCUGCCAUUGUAAUGUUAAAAAAUUCAAAACCAAUACACAUACCGACCACUCCUUUGGUACCAAUAUUUUGACGCACACCUGUGUUUCGCAUAUUAAAGAUAUAUGUACAAACAAAUGCAGUUAUAAAGGGUAAGUUAUUUUAAAUGUUUAAGUUUUAAAUUUAUGUAAUUUAAAUACAUAAACGUUCAUAAACUAAAAAUUAUGUUUUUCUAUUUAAGGCUCUCAGUCAAAUUUCCUUAUGAUUUUUAAAGAUUUAGUUUUUGAAGAUUACGAUUGAUUUUUGAAAAAUAUUAUGUUUAUUUCGGCGUAUAUGCCACUUGGUUAUUUCAACAGUAGUACACUUAGGCGUAUACGUGCUUUUCUUAUUUUAUUAAGUGUUUAAAACAUUUUUUUUAAUUGUGUUGGUGUUAAUUUUAUUCAGUUUGUAUCAAAAUUUUAACACAAUUAACCAAAGUUACUUCGGUGAUCUUAGGCUUCCCGAGUCUAUCGAACGGUCAAGUCUUAACGUGGUAGUUAUUUUAUCCCCAAGGCCUAGAUAACCCAAUUUCUUUAAUAGGCUUUGGAUUAUUAAAUGGAUCAUCCAAUGUUAGUAACCAAUUAAGACUAUGAAGGGCUAUUGCUGGAAAUUCUUAAGAACGCUUCUUAUUUUGUUUUUAUAUUUUAAGUCGGAGUGUUCUCGAACCAGCGACACAUAAUCAAUAGAUUUGUUUUUUUUUUUUAAUUCAAGUUUAGAUGACUAUAUCCUUCUAUUAUUCUCAUAAGUCAUUAUAGUAUUGACCUCAAAAUAUUGGUUAACACAAACUUACGAGUAUGAUUUUCUUCCUUCGGAAUAUAAUUUCAAUAUUUGUUUCUCUUUCAUUGAUGUUUUAAGAGAAUUACAAGCUUUUCGAUAUUUUUUAUUUUAAAUAUACAAUAUAUAACCUUUUUGAAAAAAAAACAGGCAAAACUAUAUGUAAACUCAACUCAACAAAUAUUGGUUUCAAAUCACUUCUUCUUCCUAUAACCCCACUUAUACCCAAAUUUUUCAUCUCUAUUUACUCGAUUUUCUACUUACCUAUAUAAACGCUUAUAAAUUUAUUAUUAUUAUUAUUCAUUAAAAAAUAAAUAUUAUUAUUAUUAUGACGAACAAAAACAAAACACAAAAACAAAAGAGAAUGAAAAUGCAUUGUUAAAUAUGAGUAUAUACAUUUAUUUUUACAUUGAAACUAUUAAUAUUGUGUAUAAUCGAAUUUUUUUACCAUUCCUGUUAAACUAUAUAAUGUAUUUAGUAUAUGAAUGUGUUUUUUAUAUUAAACGAAUAGAGAAUGUGAAAGUGUAAAGUAAUAUUUAAAAAAACAAAAAGAAAUUAUUAUAAACAAAACAAAAAUUUCCUUACGUUGUAAACUAAAACAAGCAAACAAAAAACACCAAAUUCAAAUUAAUGCACUUAAUUCAGUCUAGGCGAAUAAAAAUAUAAAAAAAAGUAUGGGAAAGAUAGAAAAUUUAAUAAAAAUAAAUUAAAAAAUUAAAAUUAAUUAAUAAAAUUUAAUUAAACUCAUCUAAAAGAGGCUGACGGUUUUUGUUUUUUUGAAUGUAAUUGAUUUUGAAUUUGUUUUCAGUUAAUUUUCUGUAUUGUUAAAUUAUUUUGAAUCCUUCAAAAACAAAACAAAUUUGUGUAAUCUUAAAUUCUAUGAUAGAAAAUAUUUAUUUUUAUUAUUGUGUUUGUUUUCGAAAACAGAUUAUCCAAUUUUCUCACUUGGCAGCUACAUUUUCAAACGAGCACACCAAAUAAAAAUAUUGAUCAUCAUAUUUUAUUUAAAUUUCAUAGAAAAAAAAGGGGUAUGAAAAUGUCUUUUUAGUAAUGUUUUUAAUUUAUGCAAUACCAUACAUUUUUUUAAAUAUAAAUUUAAUAUAAAAAUAAGCCGAAAGAGUAAAAUGAUGAUGAAAAACAAAAUGCAAAGAAAAAAACAAAACUGAAUCCCUUAAAAUUGAAAAUAAAACCACACACAGUUAUAAUUAUUCUUAACAACUAAAACAUAUUAUAAAUUAAUAAUAUAAAAACAAAACAAAAAUAAAAAUAAAAACAUUCAGUUGGAAGACUCUCCUUUCUCCCUUAUGUCUUAUAGUUAAAUAAGAGAGCAACAAAAAAAAUAUUAUUUAUGAGAAAAUUAUUAUAAUUAUUAUUGAAUAAUAAAACUAUACAAGAAUUAAAAGUAAA